AAGAACCAGAGCAUCUGGAAAUAAAACAUGAGCAAGAAGAAUUAGAACAUCUGGAGAUAAAACAUGAGCAAGAAGAACCAGAGCAUCUGGAGAUAAAACAUGAGCAAGAAGAACCAGAGCAUCUGCAGAUAAAACUGUUCAAAGUGGAAGAGAAUCAACCCUUCUCCAGUCAGGAUGAAGAGCAGCUUGUGCUGAAACAGGAGACUGGAGACAUUUUGGUGACUCCUUCCAAUGUGCAAAGAAACAGCAAUAAAACAGAACCAAACAGGAACCAAAAAAUGUUAAAGAAAAGUGACCAAGACCAAAAUUUAUUUGCCUGUAAAAUUUGUGAUAAGACUUUUUCCGUUAACAAUAACCUGACUAAACACAUGAGAAGUCACUCAGGGAAGAAGUCUUAUUCAUGUAAAACCUCAAAAAGUUUAGAUCUUGACUUUACAACUCAUAAGGGAAAGACACUUUCCUCCUGUGUUGUUUGUGGAAGAAGUUUCAGGAACAAAAGUAAUUUAAGUAAUCAUAUGAGAGUUCACAAACCUCAGAAGACUUUCCCAUGUCCAAACUGUCAAAAAUCGUUUAACCAAAAAAGUAAUUUAACUACUCACAUGAGGAUUCACACAGGCAAGAAACCUUUCUCUUGUGAGACCUGUGGAAAGAAAUUCAAAAACAAAGCUCAUUUAAUUUCUCACAUGAGAAUUCACACUGGUGAAAAGCCUUUCACAUGUUUGACUUGUGGAAAAAGUUUCACUCAAAUAGGUCAUUUAGGUAGUCAUAUGAAAAGUCACACAGGUGAAAAGCCUUUCACCUGUGUGACAUGUGGAAAACAAUUUAGGGAAAAAAGGGGUUUGAUUUCUCACAUGAGAAGUCACACAGGCGAAAAACCUUUCUCAUGUGGGACUUGCCGAAAACAUUUCUUCACAAAAGAUGGUUUAACAUGCCACCAGAGAAUUCACAAAGGUGAGAAGCCUUUCUCAUGCAAGAGCUGUGAAAAAACAUUCACUAGUAAAAGUUGUUUAGCUUCUCACAUGAGAACUCAUACUGAUGAAAAGCCUUACUCAUGUGGGACCUGUGGAAAAAGCUUAAAGAGCAGAUCUCAUUUUAACUAUCACGUGAAGACUCACACUGGUGAGAAACCUUUCACAUGUUGUACUUGUGGAAAACAUUUCAUUCAAAAAAGUCAUUUGGCUAUUCAUAUGACAGAUCACACAGGCGAGAAGCUUUUCCCAUGUAGGAUCUGUGGAAAAGGUUUUACUAUAAAAAGUUGUUUAACUAUUCACAUGAGAACACACACAGGUGAGAAGCCUUUCACAUGUGGGACCUGUGGAAAAUGUUUUUCUACAAAAGAUGGUUUAAACUCUCACAUGAGGAUCCACACAGGUGAGAAACCAUUCUCAUGCAAGUGCUGUGAAAAAAAUUUUACCAAUAAAACCAAUUUAACUUUUCACAUGAGAAGUCACACAGGUGAGAAGCCUUUUUCAUGUACGACAUGUGGAAAAAGUUUUAGGGUCAGAAGUUCUUUAACUAUUCACAUGAGGACUCACACCGGUGAGAAGCCUUUCUUAUGUGUGACUUGUGGAAAGAGUUUUAGUGCAAGAAAUUGUUUAACUAUUCACAUGAGAACUCAUACAGGUGAGAGGCCUUUCUUAUGUGUGACAUGUGGAAAGAGUUUUAGGGAAAAAGGGGCUUUAAAGUCUCAUAUAAAAAUUCAUACAGGUGAGAAGCCUUUCUCAUGUGAGAUCUGUGGAAAAUGUUUCGCCUAUAGAAAGAGUUUACCUGUUCACAUGAGAACCCACUCUGGUGAGAUGGCAUAAUGUGGAACUGAAGUGCCAAGUUGCUCUGUAAUGUACCUUUUAUUCUGAAAUUACAACUGGAUCACAUUUUAAAGGGGCAGUAUUACGUAAAAGAGCACCCCUCUCCUACUACUUCCCACUUGGCUCCUUCAGACUAGCCAGCAGCUGUUAGCAAACGCCUAGUGGAACCGGAAACCUGUUGAGCUCAUAUGAGCUACUUCUUGGUACAACACUGGUAAAAAUGUUGUUGAAGGUUUUAUAGUGGGACGAUGUUAUGAUGCCUUUCUGAAAGGCAGUAGUUCAGAAAUAGCAAGAGUUGCAACAAAACACUCUACAAACCAUUUUUACAGUGAAACACUUUACUGUAACUGUUUUUUUUUAUUAUUCAUUCAUACCGCUUCCUGCACCCCCCUGCAAUGGCACUGUGUCCCCCACAGGGGCUGCGCCCCACAGUCUGGGAACCACGGUGUUAAGAAAAGAUUUCAAAUAUUUUAAGUUGAAAUAAUGAAAAUUUUCUGAUGUCACAUUUCUAAAGGUAUUUAAGUGAAAACUAAUCAAAAGAAUGAUGGAUCUAAAUGAUUUUAUUUUUUAUCUUUUUAUCUUUUUUAAAGUCUCUGUUUUUAAUGAUUUUUUUGGAUCUACAUUGGUUUUUUUUCCAGUUAUCAUGGGGGUGACCGUAUCGAUUGAUAUAUCACAAAAAUAAUUAGAUUUUGAUUAAAAACUAAAUAUUUGACAUUGCUUUCAUUCUAUUUUUCAUUUUGAAAUUCUGCUGAUUAUGCUGGGUUUCCUUCUAAACUUUUUAAACUAUUUAUAAUAAUUAACUGAACUCACCGUACUUUGUCAUAACUGGAAUCAAUUGAAAUGUUUGUGUGAUUAAACUGAAAUGAUCUUUUGGUAAAGUUCCUUGAGAUGACAUUUGCUGUGAAUUUGUGUCAUAUAAAUAGAACUGAAUUACUUACUUUUUUUUAAUAAUAUCUUCAUAUAAUUCUUCUAAAAAGUACUCUAAAUUGUAUGUUUGUUUUUGACACAGUUUUGUUUGAAAAGGUUUUUAUUUUUUAACAUGUUAGAAAAUGUAUUGAUGUAAAUUCAAUUUGUGAUUCAAAAAUUGAAGUGAAAAACAUUAUAUUUGUAAUUCUCAUGAAAUAAACUCA